CAAUUUUAAAUUGUAAUAUGGAUAAUCAAAACAACAAUACAAAAAAAGUAUUAAUGAUUUGCUUGGGAAAUAUUUGUAGAUCACCAAUUGCGGAAGCCGUGUUCAGGCGCAGAAUAGAGCAGUUAGGAAAAACAAAUGACUGGCUUGUAGACAGUGCAGCAGCGCUUGUCGGUGAGCAUACUGGUAAACGACCGGAUAAGAGAGCUUUAAAUAUCUUGGAAAAAAAUCAUUUUUGCUAUGAUGGAAGGGCUGGUCCCAUUACAAAAGAUGAUUUUUUCACUUUUGAUUAUAUUUUUGGAAUGGAUAAACCAAAUAUGAUUUCACUAAACAAAAUGAAACCCAAAGAAUCUAAAGCACAGUUGCUUAUGCUUGGCGAUUAUGGAUUACCAGUAGAUGAUAAAAUUAUUGUAGAUCCUUACUAUUUAAGCGGGGAAGAACCAUUUGUUAAAGUUUAUGAUCAAUGUGUAAUUGCAUGUGCAGAAUUUCUUAAACAAUUUUACAAUGCAACUUAAUAAUAGAUUACAAAAAAAGUGUGUAUAGUUUAACCCGAUAGAAAAAUUUAAAGUGCUUAAAUAGUAAAUAUUUAGUAUUUAAAUAGUUAAACAUUGAGUGUACACAAUAGCCAUAGAUAAGUUUCGUUUGCUUAUUUUCUCUAAAAAGCAUUUGGCGGUAUGGUAUUGGAAUAAGGAUUUUACUUAAAUGCAUACAUACAAAAAAAAUAUAAAAUUUGUAGAAAAUUUUGUACAAAUAAAUACCAAAAGUGGGAAAUUUGUGUUUUUCCGUGAAAUAAAAAAAGUAAGCUUGUAUGUAUUUCUGCAAUGAGUUACAUAAUUGAUUUGUGCAAAUUAAAUGUUUCACUUAUUAAAAUUUUCAUUAAAAAAAAA